ACACACAACAUUUACAAGCAAGAUGAUUCGAUGUUCCUUGGAAUAGUUAUGAAAGUUUGAGCCUAUAUGUUCCAGUGGCCGGCCUCGCCCUCUCCGAUCAAGGGCUCGAGGCCUGUUAUCUGUUAACCCCUUCCUGUUUGAAAUCGUGAGGUGACCGUAAACCUCAUGAGCUUGGAACAACCUUCCUCUUUCCAUCCGAUCUGCAGAGUCUGGUUAGUGUAUUAAAAAUCUUCUGAAAACUCUUUAUUUUAGAUUAGUCGUUUUCUAACCCUCAUUUGUCUUACAUUAUUGGUCAUUUUUACAGUUUGUAUGUGUUCCUGUGUUUGGAAUACAUGUAUCUUAACCUAUAUAUAUAUAUAUGAAGCAUUUUGUAACUUUGUGGCCUUUUGAAGCCAGGCGCCCACCGACACAUUAUCAUGUCACCAUGAUCCACGAGCAUUAAUGUAGGGUCAGCACUUAUAAUGUAAAUGUUAAAUAAGCUAUAAUUUUGCACUGGAGUAAAAAAUUCUCUGGCGUGUUUGACCCCCUGCUGCAACUGAACCAUUUGGCGUCUUAUAACCCAUAAAAAAAAUCACAUUUAUUAUUAUAUCUAAUAGCAGCAAUGGUUAGUAUCAGUAGUAAUACAUGUAGCUAAACAAUAAAGCACGUGGCAUUAUGAAUUAUUAUCAGCAGUAUAAUAAUGAAACCACUGUCAUCAUUGUUUGUGCUCAGUGUGUCGAUCUGCUCCCCUCCUGCGACGAACACUUGCAGGUACAACCUCCACUGAGCAUGCGCAGAGCCGCUGGCCGCCUGUAUUUGUUCCCAGACAUCAUCAUCAUCAUCAUCACCACCAUCAGCAGCAGCAGCAGCAUCACAGGUUGAACUGAACAUCUUCUCCCACAAAGAGACCUCCCUCCCUCCCUCCCUCCCUCCUCUUCUCUGUGAGCGAUUUCUUUUUUUUGGAACAUUUAUUUCUCGGAGCUCUCUUUUGUUUCUCCUCCUCGUCGCCGCCGCCGCCGCCGCCGCGGUGUGAGACGCAGCCAGCGCGCGCAGGGAGUCGAAGCCAUACGAUGAAGAAACGCUCUGCGGACGCGAGCAGGCUCCGGAAGAUGAAGAAGAUGAGGAUAACGGAGCGGCUGUCUGAGAGUGCGUACACCUUCCUGAAGUUCAUGAUGAUGUGGACACUGGUGCUGCUGGCAGACUUCAUCCUCGAAUUCAGACUGGAGUACUUGUGGCCAUGCUGGCUCUUCUUCGGGAGCGUAUACACCACGUUCCACUGCCAUGGCCUGGUGAUUUGUGUUGUCUUUGUUUGUGCUGCCUUCACUCUUGACAUCUUUUGUUUGAUUUUUGUUCCUUUGCACUGGCUGUUCUUCGUGGCGAGCACCUAUGUAUUGUUCAAUUACAUAUGGCACACAGAGAAAGGCAUCUGUAUAUCGACGGUGUCCCUGUGGAUUCUGCUCGUGUACACAGAAGCCUCACUUCGGCUCAAAGACCUCAAAACCUCUCACGCCAACCUGUCUCAUCUCUUUGCGGCACACUGCAUUGGGUAUCCUGUAGUGUACCUGGGGUUUGACGCCACCUGCUACUUCACCAACAUCUUCAAGCUGCGAAUACAGAAAGCUGUUCAGAGUGAGAACGACUUCCACAUGCACCUCCUGCAGCACUCGCUCCCUCCAGGCCUGCAGGUUUUCCCCAAGACGGCCACAGACGGCAGCAGCCACUCAAAAUGGAAGACAAAGCCCGAGUCGAGUCAGUAUCAGUGUCAGAACGGUGCUGUCGUGGCCCAAGACGAGGUGCACACGGUGGACUGCCUCCAGAUCCGCAGCGAGGAGAGAGCGCCAGAGAAGGCGGCGCAGGAGGCGAAGUCGGCCGAGUCAGUGCGGCGGCCGCCGUCGUCCAAACACGGCGCCGGAGAGUCCAGAGAUCCGGCCCACGGUGUCGCAGGAGGAGCAGAAUCCUCUACAGCCGCAGAACAUCUACCUCAAGAGGAGCAGGGGAGCAAAGCCCCGCGGGCGGCCAAAAGCUCCUCGCCAAAAGCUCGCCAGGGCAGCGCACACACUCCUUCUCCGCCUGCGGCGAGGGCGGAGAAGAAACAGAGAUCCAGCUCAAAGACAGUCAGCCCCAACCGGGCCGAGGCCGAGAAGAGCCCCACAGCAGCUCAGAGUCACCACGCCGCUGAGCUGAUGAGCAAGCUGGAGCAGGAGCUGAGGAAGCUGAAGGGUGAGCUGCAGGCGAGCAGGCAGAGCGAGCAGGAGCUGCGGAGUCACAUCUGCAACCUGACGAACAGCGAGAGGAGCCUGAGACCAGAGGUUUCGCUGCUCAGACAGUCCAACAUGCUGCUGCAGAGCAAGAUUCUGUGCUUGACUAAAACCAAGCAGCGGGACAGACAGACCGGCGGGAUGCUGGAGAAGAAGACCAGAGCAGAGACAGAGGCCCGACUCUCUGCGGAGAAGCAGCUGGAUGAGCUCCAGGCUCAGAAGGUGGAGGAGGCGGCCAGCGCGGCACGGAGCCUGACCAACAGGCAGGAGCACUGUGAAACCCAAAUGUUAAGGAAAAGAGUAAAAGAUCUAGAGACAGAGUACAAACAACUACAGCUGGAGUAUCAAGUGAAAGAGAGCCGAGUGGUAGAUCUAGAGAGUGAUAUUGAGGCCUUGGGACAGUACCGCUGUGUGGAGAAAGAGACAGACAUGCUGCUGUCCACUCUGUCGGCCAUGCAGGAGAAGGCUCAGCAUCUGGAGUACAACCUGAGCGCCGAGACUCGCAUCAAACUGGACCUGUUCUCCGCCCUGGGAGACGCCCGCAGACAGCUGGAGAUCGCUCAAGAUAAAGUGUUGAGGCAGGAGCGGGAGAUCCGCGAGAUGAAGCAGAAGAUCGCGGAGGUGAUGGCCGUCAGCCCCGGCGUCUCCUACAUGGCCCCUCGGCCCCCGGUGCCGCAGUAUCUCACCAAGUUGCUCAACUCGGAGCGUUACAUGCUGAAUCCACGAGCGCUGAUGUACCAGUGUCUGAAGAAGUGAAGGAACGGCAGACCCUCAGAAAACUCCUCGUCAGACCUAAGACAUGAGGGGGGAUGGGGGUUUUAAUGGAUUUUAUUUUUUAAUCACAGAGCUAAAUGAGUGGAACCAGAUUGAUCCUCCACGAGACGAAUGCCUUUUCGCUGCACCGAUGGUGCUAACUUGACGUCUCUCUGCACAUUUCCUCUCGCGCCGGUGGCAGGAGGAGCUUCACUCUUGAUGAUAUGCAGAGCUGCUGCAGGCACGGGUUUUAUGUGAAGACGCCGCCCCUUUGCAGUGUAAACCAUCCGAAGUGGGAUGCAACAGAGAAAAGCACAACAUCUCCACUAGUCCACACACUGUAGGUUUGUCUAGAUUCAAAAACUGGUGCCGGGUUCGGCCAUCGUUAGUCACAAGACGAAAGAAUAAAAGGAAGCAUUUCCAAAUUGA